AUGGAUGAGAUACUGGAUUAUUUGGUACAAAUAUUCAAGGGCAUCAAGUUCUGUCAUGACAACUUGAUUGCACACCUCAUAUGCACUUUGACCAUGGUGGAUCUUGACAGUGAUAAUAUUCUUUUCAACUUCCUAGGAUGUCAGAUGCAACCUGUGGGGACUACAGAAACUGAUGUCACUGGGCUAUUUCAAUCUCACUUCCCUAUUCAAUACUAUAUCAAUGAUUUCAAGACCACAAUAGGAUCAGAGAAUAUGCCAGAGAGUCAGAUGCUUAAUGCUGACAUAGAUAGGGAGGUCAAAGGGUUCUUGGAGAAGCAUCUCAAGGCCUUACAUGAAGAUUUUUUGUUUGAUGACGUGUUUGGAAAGUACUUUGCCCAGGAAGGCAUCCAAAGUGAACAAAUUAUGCAAGCAUUCAAUGAGGUGCAUAGCACCACUACUGUGAAUGGAUCGUUCCUGAAGGCAACUUUGCAAAUGGCAAUGUUGCUCCUCAUGAUGAUUGCUCAAAUGUGGUCGUCAAAUCUGGAACUAAGGCUGACGAUGUUGCAACUUGUGGAUUCUGUUGUUGAAAUGCAAUGCAGUUGUCCAGCAGUGGUAUUGUCUGAUUAUAUUGGUAUUCAGUGGAGGGCGGUAGAAUGGUGCAUGAUGCCCGAUACUAUGUAUGAUAUCCAGAUGCCUGACAAAGACAAAGAUUGA